CUUGCUGCGCAUGUUUUCAUUUACAGAACUAUCUUCUUCUAAUGCAAUCGUCUAAUGCAAAAUAGUUACCGCUAGGUCAUCACGUUUGGAAUAAAAUGUCGACAAAAAAGAAACGCUCCCCUCAUACCGAGAAUUCGAGAUGGGUUGUUAUUGCUGCUGACUCCAUAGUUGAUGUUCCCAAAACAGAUCAUGGAGAGCCUACAUUUGUCAGACUCCGAAACCCUGCGACAGGAAAUGCAUCAUUGUACCUGUUUGGCAGUGGAGACACAGAUCUGUAUGAGGUGAAGGCUUUUACUGAAGACUACCAUUCCUGGUUCAUUGGUCAAACAGUCCAGAGAGAUGGCAGGCUGCUGUAUAUCACACCAAUGGACCCUCUCUACCUGCUGCUGCCCUAUCUGCAGAAGUCUGGGGCUGAGGGGAAGUUCCAGCCGGUAGAGCAGGUGGUGAAGGAUGAGGAGUUCCCAGGAUGCACCAGGCUCCUCAGCUGCACACGCUCACUAAAGUCCCUCCAUCACGUGGCCGAAGAGAAAGAGGUGGGCAGUCUGAAGUUCCACAGGUUCAGUCAGGAGAAGACAUUGGAUUGGUUGAAGAAGAAGGUCGAGAGGACGGUUGGCGCUCUCAGGAGGAGCAGCAUCUCUGUGGGGGGAGGAGUGAAAUCAUCAACCUACAUCAGGGUCAAGCAGGAAGAACAGGCCUCGGACGAGGAUCACCUUCGCUAUGCCCAUGGACUCAUAUCAGAGUACAUCAGUGAGGACCUCAGCAAAGACCUUCUCAAACACUUACAUCUACCUGAGCUAAGCAGUCCCAAGCAGGAGCCUCCAGCGAAAAAGCGGAAACUGUCUGACGGGCCAGUGGAGGCCAAGGACGACUACACCAAGUUCAACAGCUCUGACUUUUCACGCAAACCGCCCAAGAAGAUGAGUGCGGCUCAGAAGAGCCUGGCCAAGGUGGACAAGUCAGGCAUGAAAAGCAUGGCGGCCUUCUUCAGCCCAAAGGUCAAGCAGGAGAAAAAGUAGACCUGUGUGUGUAUGCGUGUGUUGGUGUAUGUGUGUAUGUGUGUGUAUGUGAUGAGUGUUUUUGUUAUUAAAGAACAAUUUAAAGCCA